AUGAAGACAGGGGAGAGUACUCAGCUUCAACGGGUAAUAGGAUAUUUCCAUGGAACAAUUUUUUUAUUCAGCAUUAUAAUAGGAGCUGGAAUAUUUAUUGCUCCUAAAGGGGUGUUAAAAUAUACUUCACUCAAUGUGGGAGUCUCCCUAAUUAUUUGGGCUGCCUGUGCCAUUGUGUCCAUGAUUGCUGCUCUCAGUUACGCAGAGCUGGGCACGACCUUCCCUAGAAGUGGGGCACAGUUUUAUUUCCUCAAAAGAUCUCUCGGAUCCAUCAUUGCUUUCUUCUAUCUCUGGAUUAGCCUAUUUAGCACCCCAGCAGGGCUGGCUGCACGUGGCUUGUUAUUAGCAGGGUAUAUUUUACAGCCGUUCUUUCCUGGCUGUUUUGUUCCUGAGAUGCCAAAGAAAUGUUUAGCGUUGGCCAUUUUAUGGUGUUUGGGAAUUCUGAAUGCACGAGGAGUGAAAGAGGUGGCUUGGUUUCAGACCGUCACUACACUUGUGAAAAUGACAGUUCUCUGCUUUAUAUCUGUAACUGGAAUUGUGCUACUGACAAGAGGAAGAAAAGAGAAUUUAGCCAGGUUUGAGAACGCUUUCGAUGCGGAAGUUCCAGAUGCCCUGCAGAUUGCAGAAGCCUUCCUCCAAGGAUUAUACGCGUAUUCAGGCUGGGGAGUUCUUGUCCAAAUAGCAGGAGAACUGAAAAACCCUAGUGAAAAUAUCUACAAAUGUGUGGUUACCGCACUUACUCUUGUGGCAGUGAUCUACUUAUUGGUUAAUAUUUCCUACUUAGCAGUCCUGACUCCAAAGGAAAUCAUGUCCUCAGAUGCUGUUGCAGUCACCUGGAUGAAUAGAGUAAUCCCUUCCAUGCAAUGGGUCAUUUCUAUUGGUGUUUCUUCCUCAAUAUUUAGCUCCCUGAAUUGUACUUUAUUCUCAUCAUCAAGGUUAUUGUAUGUUGCAAGCCAGGAGCACCAACUCCCUUUCAUCUUCUCAACUCUCAAUAUCCACUCCUGUCCAGUUGUAGCUGUCAUUCUUAGGCUCAUCUUCGCCUCCAUCAUGAUUAUUCCCUCAGACUUAAUCCUUUUAAUAAAUUAUGUGGGAUUCAUCAACUGGCUUGAACUUGGUCUAAUGAUGAUCGGUUUACUUAAACUAAGAUACCAGGAGCCCAACCUGCACAGACCUUAUAGGGUGCGUCUGCCACUGGUAUUUGGAACUAUGGCCAUGUCUUUGUUCUUAGUUUUGACACCGACAAUCAAAUCUCCUACUAUGAGCCAUAUCUAUGCUUUUCUUUUCAUCUUCAGUGGACUUUUGUUUUAUUUGCCUUUUGGUCACUUUAACUUGAAUUGUACAUAUUUUAACAAGAUAACUUGUUUUCUACAAUUACUACUGAAUGUUUCACCUGCUGAUGACAUUAAUGACUAUAUUUCAGAAGAAGGAAGAUGA